AUGCCCACAGCACCGGAUGAACCUGCUAGGCGCAAGCGACCGGGUAGAAAGUAUACGUCCCGAGCCUGUGAGACAUGCCGACAACGACGAGCUAAGUGUGAUGGUGUUCGACCAUCUUGCUCUCGCUGCCUUGACCGUGGCGUUCAAUGCGAGUACUCCACAGCAGAGGACGGGCGGCAACCCGCACCUAAGUCCUAUGUAGUCAUGCUGCGCAAUCGCAUUGAACUGUUGGAGCGUGUACUGCACACGCAUGGUAUUGACCCUGAUGCUGCCAUUCAAUUGAUGAUAAAAAAUGGAGAGCCUAACCCUGAGUGGGCUCCGGCUUCCUCGAAUGUUGAUGACUUGUGUACUACGUUUGACGGCGCAUUGACGCUUGACGAGUCAUUAAAUUUCGAUCAAGAUGGCGAGGUGCGGUAUUUUGGACCGACAAGUGGGCGAUUGCUAUUUAGAUCUUCAUCAAAAGAUUCGCCCAGCGAAGAGGCAUAUCAGUCCGAUGGCCCUCCCAUGCAGACUGGUGAAACACCGCCGAAUGGGAGUACAGAGUCAUUAGAAGAAAGCUUGAUACCAGAAGACGAGCUUCAGUCGCACUUGCUCGACCUGUAUUUUGAGUGGGAACAGCCAUGGCUUCAGGUGUCUUUGGCAAUCAUGGGCAUGGCUUAUAUUGCAAUGGGGUCUGAUGCUGCUGGCUGGCUUCACCAAGGUAUGGCCAAUCGCCUGGCCUUAGACAUGGGUUUCAACAUGGAUCCCUCGGUCCUUUCCGGAGCAGUUGCUCUUCCACCCAUCGAGAUUGAGCUGCGAAGGCAGAUUUAUUGGGCUCUAUAUUGUCACGACAAAUUGUCAGCGAGCUACACGGGGAGGGUGUGCACGUUACUGGACUCCCAGGGUGUCGUCAACAAACCAUUCCCUUUAUGUGCCUCGGAUGUCUAUUUGCCCUCAGCAAAUGGCAAUAGACAAUUAAGGGCCGCUUCUCAAAGAGACGUGGUACAGUUGCAUAGGGCAAUGAUUGACCUGUGUCGUAUAUUCGAGAAAGUCCUUCUUACAUUCUGGUCCCCAAAGCCACUCCUCCAACCCCAACAACGUUGCGCAUUUUUUGAAUCCUGUGUGCUUGAACUUAAGACCUGGUACUACGAUCUACCUCCAGAGCUCAAAGUCGACCGUCAAUCUGGUCCCUCCAGAUUUCCUCACACCUACACUUUGUGCAUGGUAUACCAUACUGUGUGCAUUUUACUUUGCGUGCCCUUUCUGAGCAACAACUCUGCCACUCAAGAUGUUGGCAAUCCCCCAGACCCACAGACACAACAGAACAGAAGCCACAAAGAAUGGGGGCCUGCCUGUAAACAGAAAGUCAUGACCAUAUGUAGCAACUCCGCCCGAGGAAUGUGCAUUGUCGCCCAGAAAUAUAGACAGACAUUUGGCAGCUUUAAACUGAGCCCCAUGACAGCCACACACUGCAUCCUAUCAGCGGCAUCGAUCAUCAUUGAUAGAUGGUGCGUUGAUCCCACUGUGAAAACUGGGACAGGUAACCAGAGUUUGCGAGGUCCAUCACCACAGGCGGCUGUGGGACUCUGCCUUCAGGUCCUGCGGGAACUCUCGACGUCCUGGAAUAUCGCGAAGCGUAUCGGACGCAAUCUGGAGAAAUUAUAUUGCAAACGACUGAACUGUGAUAUUGAUCACAUGCCUCCCGCUCCUUCAUUGGAAUGCAAUAGCCUUUGCACAAUUCCAUAUCAACCAGAAGACGGGGAUCUCUAUCCAGGGCCGAUGGCCCCGACUGAGUCCUUCCAAGGUCUGCCCGACCCAAAAGACCUGCAUGUUGAAAACACCAUUUUGCCCACAGCACUUCCAGAUAUCAAUUGGUUUGAUGUUCCGACUGCGAGCGAUACUCAACAUGAUAACAACGACGUAAUCGGACUUGGGGCAGCUUCUAACCCCGAUGAGCUGUUCAUCAAUAACCUCGGCUUUGCAUUCUCGGCCAAUUCUCUACCCAGCGACUACAACAUGUUUGAUACCUUGAAUCAGAUGUAUUUAGAAGAUAUAUGGUGA